UUUUCCCCCACUCGCCAGUACAACUCAGCUGUACAGCCCCGCCUUGAUGCCUAAAUGUUAACAUAUCAAUGAUCACAUCAAGAUGUUAUCUUUCUAGGGAGUGAAUAGUUUCCGACGCAGUUCCGUUAGCUCAAAAUCUACUCAAGAAGCCGCUGUUGUUAUCGUCAAAACGGCCCGUCUAGCUUUAGCUUUCACGGCGUAGGUUCUGCUGUGAACGAGACCCAUGUAAGAGGUGACAGUUCGUUAGCAUUAGCUGUUGUAUGUGUGAACGACUGUAACGUUAUGCCGUGACGUUUGACGAGUUUGGGGAUUUACGGAGCUGUCUGGCUGCUUUGUCGGACUAGCUGGGAAGCUAAUUUGGCGUUAGCAUGGCGUCAGACACAAGCGACACCGAAGAGUUUUUUGAUGCCCCUGAAGACGUAACUUUUACACCACCUCCAAAAGAGUCGCCUGCAAAGUUUGUCAUUCCUACACCCCAGCUCUCACAAAGUGCAGUUAAUGCUGCGGUGCAGGAUGCUGCGUGUGCCGCAUCUGAACCUCGGCAGGAUGACCCCUUACAGAUCAUUGACAGCAUCAUUGAGGAGAGUCAGAAAGGAGAUGUUGGAGAGGUAGCUCAGCUUUUAGAUCAUCUCCAUGUUGACGUGAGAGCAGAGGCGGAGCCAAGGCAACAGCAGAACUCGGAAGGAGUCGACGGGGAUCAAGAAGCACCGGCUUCUGCACUAGAACUUGCCAAGAGGCCGGAAGAACCGGAGAGAAGCGCAGCAGCAAAUGGAGAGCACUCUUUCCCUGAUCCUGAAGCCGCAGAUGCUCCGGGGCCAUCGGCCGCCUCUCAAGAGCAAGUUCAGCCUCCGGACGUCACCAGGACUAUUGGCCAGAGUCAGCCUGAUGGGGCUGGCGUGUCUGCUGAAGGCGGUCGGGACUGCAGACCUGCAGACAUCUUGGACCAGGUUCCUAUGACAGACAGGCCAUCGGACUCCGACUCGCCAGGGCCGAUGAAGCCUCCACGACAGUUCACAGUAGAACCGGAUAUCGUAGCUAGCACUAAGAAGCCCCCUCCCUCACGGCCGCCCCCUCCCAGUGGAGGCCCUCCACGGAGGCCUCCUCCUCCGUCAUGGCAGAGCUUACCGUCCAAAAAGUCACAGGAGUGUUUGAGGCCCAGUGGGCUAGAAGUAUUUGUAGUGAGUUCAGGCAGUUCUGGCUCUCUGGAGCCGUCCGGCCUGGUGUCUCCCUGCGGCACAGGAAAGAGUCUAAGUAAGGACCUGCAGCAUUCCUUGGAUUUGGCGAGCGCCACCAGUGGGGACAAAGUGGUGACGGCACAGGAAAAUGACGAUGAGCAGGCUUCAUCGCAAAGUGGAGGACAGACCCCCGGCCCUCAGCGUCCACGCUCCAACUCUGGGAGAGAACUGACCGAUGAAGAAAUCUUGGCGAGUGUGAUGAUCAAGAAUUUAGACACUGGGGAGGAGAUCCCGCUCAUUCAGGCAGAAGAGAAACUACCUGCAGGGAUCAACCCCCUCACUCUGCACAUCAUGAGAAGGACCAAAGAGUACAUCACUAACGAUGCAGCUCAGUCAGACGACGACGAUAAGUCACAAACUCAGCUGACCGAAGCAGAUGGAGGAAAGCUGAAACAGAGAACAACUCAGUUAAAAAAAUUCUUUGGGAAAUCUGUGAAGAGGGCCAAACAUCUCGCUGAAGAGUACGGAGAGAAGGCCGUCAACAAAGUAAAGAGCGUGCGGGAUGAAGUGUUCCACACAGAUCAGGACGACCAGUCAUCCAGUGACGAUGAGGGGAUGCCUUACACGCGACCCGCCAAGUUCAAGGCAGCCCACGGUUUCAAGGGCCCCUUUGACUUCGAUCACAUCAAAGUCGUGCAGGACUUGAGCGGGGAGCACACGGGGGCUGUUUGGACCAUGAAGUUCUCUCACUGUGGGCGACUGUUAGCGACUGCAGGCCAAGAUAACAUCGUCCGCAUCUGGGUCCUGAAAACUGCCUUUGAUUAUUUCAAUAACAUGAGAAUAAAGUACAACACUGACGGUCGAGUUUCUCCUUCCCCCUCUCAAGAAAGUUUAUGUUCCUCUAAGUCGGACACUGAUCCAGGGGCAAGUUGUUUACCUGAGGACCCAGACAGUGAAGACAGAAACGCUCCUUUCCGACAAAUACCCUUCUGCAAGUACAAGGGCCACACGGCUGACCUGCUGGACCUCUCCUGGUCCAAGAACUUUUUCCUGCUCUCCUCUUCCAUGGAUAAAACAGUCAGGUUAUGGCACAUAUCGCGGAGGGAGUGCCUCUGCUGCUUCCAGCACAUUGAUUUUGUUACAGCCAUCGCUUUCCACCCCAGAGACGACAGAUACUUUUUAAGUGGUUCCUUGGAUGGAAAACUUCGACUUUGGAAUAUACCUGACAAAAAAGUCGCAUUGUGGAAUGAAGUAGACGGGCAAACUCGACUCAUCACUGCUGCUAACUUCUGCCAAAAUGGGAAAUACGCCGUGAUUGGUACCUAUGAUGGUCGAUGCAUCUUCUACGACACAGAGCGACUAAAAUACCACACUCAAAUCCAUGUGAGAUCCACCAGAGGCAGGAACAGAGUCGGACGCAAAAUUACAGGAAUUGAACCUUUGCCAGGAGAAAACAAGAUUUUGGUGACUUCAAAUGAUUCCCGCAUUCGCCUGUACGACCUGAGGGAUUUGUCUUUAUCCAUGAAGUACAAGGGUUACGUCAACAGCAGCAGCCAAAUAAAGGCCAGCUUCAGCCACGACUACUCCUUCAUUGUCAGCGGCUCAGAGGAUAAAUAUAUCUACAUCUGGAGCACCUACCACGACCUGAGCAAAUUCACGUCUGUACGGCGGGACCGCAAUGACUUCUGGGAAGGGAUUAAAGCACACAAUGCAGUGGUCACUUCUGCCGUAUUCGCCCCCCAUCCAAGCCUCAUCGUUCCACAGGAAGCCGGAGCGGAGAAGCCGGAAGCAGACAGCAAGAGUCUGGACUCCACAGACUCUGAAACCAUACCGUCAGGAGCACUAAAGACGGAUCACACGGAGGUUCUUCUCUCCGCUGACUUCACUGGAGCCAUCAAGGUUUUCAUCAAUGUGAAGAAGUACUGAGCACUUCAGAGCUCAUCAAAAACGUCCUGUUGAAUUAAAAGUACUUGUCAGGAGUCUAUGAUCAUCUUUUUGUCUAUCGGUUAUUGUUCAAAGAAAAUGGAUGGGAGAGACUCAUUUAUAUAGCCUUGUUCUGUUUUUUUUAUCUUUCAUACCAGGUGACUGUGAAAAUUUUUGCUUUUAGAUAUCAAGAGAUAAGCGGUUGUAUUCACGUGUACAUUUGUGCUGCAGCGGGACGAUUACCUGCUGCAGUUUGGGCACCUUACUCGUUUCUUUGGCUUUCACAUUUCAGCAAAAUUAUUCAAAAGAUUUAACAUUUUUAAAAAAGUAUUUCAUUUAAUAACUGACAAGAAAUCUCCAAAGUAUUUUUGCCUUCAAAUUCUAUUUUUUUUAACAGCUUCUGAGGCUUUCCUUUAAAAUAUUUCAGCAGACGUGAAUGCAGUUAACUAUGAUUAGGGCUGUUUUUUUUCAGAAACACUACUGGUUCUAAAGUAAAGCACAUUUCAUGAUGGUGGGCCUUCAAAUCUGUAACAUUUACUGAUUUUUGUAAACAAAAUGUUCUAGUACUUUGCUCAAUAAAAAACUCCUCAAAAACAA